AUGAGUCAAACUAUAUACAAAACUGACACAAAUACAUUAACUAUUUUAAAAGUGGAGAAUAAAUGUAAUAUUCAACAAAACACAGAAAAUGAAAGUAGACACAUAAGUGAAAAUUUGUUAGAUAGAAAGGAAUUAAGUGCAACUGAAUAUAAUGAAGAAAUUAAUAAAGAUUAUAAUAUUAAUCAGAAUAUUGACAAGACACACCGUAAAUCUACAAAUAAUGUAACAUGGGAUGAGUCUGCUAUAGAUAACGAGAUGAUGAAUAAAAAAAAGUCAAAAAAGUGUUGCAUUUUUCACAAGAAGAGGAAUUUUGGUGAAUCUUCCAGUAGUGAUAGUGAUACUGAUAGUGAUAGUGACGAUAAUGGAGAUGAUCAAGAUACCUACAACUGCAAAAAUAAAAGAAAUCAAUGUAGUUGUGAUACUUAA